AACUGGGCCUUCUUCGUUUGGUUGUAACCAACUGGAUAACAUACUGCUGUAAUGACCUGCUUAACUUUUAAGAUGAAGAGACAACUGCUAGUGUUGCUGCUAGUUGAUUUUACUGCAGGUGUUUAUCUGCCAACCAAAGAAACUUCAUCGCAGCAAGCAAGUGCCAGUGCAUUGUUUCUAGUUUCUAAUAGUCAACUUCCUGUGAGGCACAUUGUUGACUCCCUACAAGAAAACUUAGCUUCAGAAGUGAAACAAGGCUCUAUUGACAGUGAUGGAAUUUCAGCACCUAAUAAAGAAAUUCACAGGAUUAAGACUCGAUCUAGCAGUUCUGAUGGUGUAGGUAGAACUGUUACUGACUUUGUCUUCCCCAUUAAGCCCACUGCUUUCAUUCCAAAGCAAGAUGUGAAGAAUUGUUCUGUAGGUGGUACAGACUUGUGUGUCUCAAAUGUUUGGGAUUAUCCUCAUCGUUAUAUCGAAAGGCUACUGGAGAACAAAACAUCACGUUUCCAAAGCUAUUUUACAGAUGAUAUUGUACAUGUUGCAACAAGAUUUGAUUCAAGUACUGAUGAAGAGCUCACAUGUGAUGCCGAGGAAACAAUACUUUAUCCUAAAUUUGGCAAAACAGCUGAUAAUGAGAUGCUGUUCAUUAUUAAUACGGAUGAAAAGUACAGGCAAGGGAUAAGAGUAGAAAAAUGUAAGAAAACUGGUGAAUCACCAUGUAAUCCAAAGCUAGAAGUCCCGUCUGGGUACAGAACAUACUGCAAGCAGAAAUACAUUUACAGGAAGCUACUGGCGCUGCAUCCAAAUGGCGAACCAGCACCCGAUAAUUUUAAAAUUCCCUCAUGUUGCAGCUGCUUUAUUUCAAAAGAAACUGAGUAGUGACAAUGUUUCAUUACUGUCAAAGUAAAGAUAAGCGUGUAAAAAAAAGUUAUGUAUUGUACUGAAUAAUGUAACAUAGGUCAAUUGAGGGAAUGUCAAACACUAUUGUUUCCUUUUCCUAUAGAUCUAAUGUAUUUUGCUAAGAAAGGAAAGAAAGAGAUGGCUAAGUGUGUCUCAACAUAAAUGUAUUUUGGUGGUACUGACUUCCAAUCUUCCAUAAUAAUGAAAAAGUAAUUUUCUAAGUAAUGGAAAAAAAAUCAUAUUGUGUGCUGAAUUUGAACUGAUGUAACUGAAGCUUCAUGUGCACUUACAAAAUAUCAAGUGGAAAUAUGUACCAUUUUUCUGGUUGUUGCUGACAUGGUGCAAACAAAUGUCCCUUAACAAGUGCUUCAUCUCCUCCAGUUAGGUAUUAAUAACUGGCAUCCAGGGAUUGCUUUCAUUUAGCACCAACGAAAAAACAAAUCUUUAUCGAUAAAGGUUGAUUAAUUAUAUACAUAAGAGAUUUUUAAUGUUCUGUGUAAUUCUAUUUCUUGUGUUUUAAAAUUAUGUGUAUAUUGAUAGACUGGAAUAUUAAAAUGAAGUUUUAGAUAUAUAUUUUUUAAAGGUAAACUGUUCACUGUGAUAAACCAGUAAGUUAAAUAAAUACAAAAUAUUAGAGUUUGUAAAGCUACAUUAUAUCUUAUACAAAUAAUUAGAUAUUAUUAUUAUUAAAUUGGUGUAAGCUAUUUUGUGUACAAAUGGUGACCUAUGUAUUUAUUGCCUGAAGUUUAAUAUGUGCAUUAUUGUUAUGCCACAAACUAAAAACCUCAAACAGAAAUAAUUCUUUAAAUUUUUGUUAAAUAAGAAACAUUUUGAAUACAGCUAUGUGGGUGUGUACCAUCAUUUAAGUGAAGAAGACCGCUGUUUUUCUUUUUGUUUUCAGUCGCUUCUAGGAAACUUGUAGCACUUAUGGCUUCCUAAAACUGUACUGAAGAGCAAUGGGAUCAUUCUUCUAUUCAGAAAUUGUAAUAAUGUAUUGUAUGCAAGGGAACAAUGUCCUGUGUUCUCCUUCCUUCCUCCAAUAAAUUUUAUCUAAUUACUGCCCCCCCCCCCCCGCUCUCUCUCUCUCUCUCUCUCUCUCUCUCUCUCUCUC